GCCGCCGCCGCCGCCGCCGCCGCCCUGUUCGCAAGCGGCCUGACCGCUCUCGACGUCCACGAGAGACGGGGUGAUGCCCUCCCUACUACCACUUCCACCCCAGGAGUAUCGCCACUCCCCGACUCUCCACUACUCUCCGACUCUCCGCUUACUCCUACGUCUUCUGUCGCCCCUCCGGUAACCUCGGCGCCGGCCCAACCCCCCGCCCCCAUCGCUAAUUGCCAGAAUCAUCUGCUCGUCGACGACUUCUCUACAUGGGCGGACGGCGUGAACUCCCUCAACGGUGCCACUAGCGAUGACCAAACUAUGAACGCUACCAGCGCCGAGGGUGGCAUCCUCACUUUCACGCCUAAUAGCAUCAACGUCUCUUACAUCUACGAGCAGUUCGAGUGCCUCGAUACGCAGGGCUCCGGCUACGACUCGCUAUCGUUCCAGAUUAAGGGGCCUGAGGCCGCCUCGGUGUCGGUUGAGCUGCAGACCGUCGACGAGUGCGGCGGCGAGGCGUACCGCAGCUUCUACUACACCGUCAACGGCCUCAGCGGCUCACUACAGACCAUCGACGUCCAGCUCGCCAACUGGCCCGAGGCAAACCUACGCGGCAUCGUCGGUGUCGUCUGGUACGGCUUCUCCGCCGGCCGCACAGGCGCCGACAACGAGUGGCAGCUCGACAACAUCCGUUUCCUCUGCGCCGAAGUCGCUCCGCCGGAGGACCCGGAGCCUACCCUGCUGCCCGAAGAUCCGACGCAGCCAAGCGGCCCCGCGACUACUGUCACUACCACCAUCUAUAUCACCGUGCCCGGAGGUGGCGUUACUACGACUACCGCGACGACUACGGGGGGAUGGAGCACACCGGCCCCACCGACCACCACUACUAGGAGGAACCCGUGGCCCACGACGACCCGGCGACCGAUUCCCCCAUGGUGGGACGACGAAUGGUGGAGACUCUGGCCGCAGAGCGAAGGCGCCGAGAAUUCGCCGGCCACACGGACUGUCGGGGUGGAGACCAUCCAGAAACUGGUGGCCAGGGAUGAGGAGCCGGCGGCGGCUGAGUGCAGCCAGAUCCUAAUCGACGACUGGGUAUCGCAGUCGCGGCUGACCUUCCUAUACUACAACGCGCUGCUCAAGCCGACGAGCGAUGACGACACGAUGCAGUCUGUCGUUGUCAAGGACUACCGGGUGACGCUGACGCCACGGGACUCGUACUCAUACUUCUACUCUCAGCUCGGCUGCGUCGACGCACGAGCGCACGGCGGCAUCUCUCUGCGCAUCGCGGCGGCGGCCGGCACGACUUUCGAUGUGCAACUGUCGUCGAAGCAGGGCGAGUGCGGAACUGAGCCUAACACUGACGUGGUGCUCACGACGCGGCAGCUCGGCUGGACGUUCAACGGCCGCGAGCAGCUGUACUCGAUCCCCUUCUCGGCGUUCGAGGGCCUUGACCUGUCCAAGUUCCAUAUGAUCUUCAUCAGCAAUCUCCAGACGGCCGUCACGCUCGGGCCGGUGAGCCUGUACUGUGGCAGUCAAGUUGUCGAGUACACCCCCCCAGCUGUCGAGGAGCCGACUAAGCCAACAGCUACCGUGCCAGCGCCUACGAGCACGGCGACGACCCUCGUGAUCGACCAGUUCGCUGACGCUGACGUCAACGCGCUCGGUCAAUGGCACGGGGCGGAUGAGGGGAUUUCCUUGACUUUCCGACGAAACACGAUGACUCUCCAGACCAACGAUUCCGACCUGCAAUGGAUAACACAGGUCACGGGGACGUGCCGGAACCUGACCGAAUUUGACGGUUCCUACCUCCACAUCGCUUACUCCGGGAGCAACCUAUUCACCGUCGCUUUACAGCAACACAACAAGGAAUGCAGCAACGACAUCUAUCCGUACCCCGAGACCUGGGACUCGCUAGAGGCGGCGCGGUACAGCACCGGGUCUGACAUCUACAUCCCGAUGAACCACUUCAACAUCGACCGCUCGCGCACCAUCGGCAUCUCACUCAAGGGCUUCUACGGCGGGACGGCAUCGACAACCUUCUCAAAGAUCGAGAUCAUCAACCGCGUGCCGUCGAGCUUCAAGGUGCCAGAGAAGCUGCCGUCGGGCACGUUUGUGUUUGCGUGCAAGCGGCCCAACUCGUUCGCGUUCGCGAUCGACGACGGCGACCCGAGGUUCGCGGCCGAGGUGAUGCGCACGAUCGAGGAGGAGAACAUCCUGGUGACCUUCUUCACCGUGGGCGCGCCGCUCCGCGACCAGUCGACCAAUCUCAGCGCCAUCUACAACGAGAUGGCGGCCAAGGGCCACCAGAUCGCGCUGCACAGCUACACGCACCCGCCGCUCGAGGGCCUGCCCAGCGACGCGGCGAUCGACUGGGAGUACAGCAACGACAUCGCCGCCGUGGCCGAGGUGUUCGGCGGGCUGAAGUCGCGGUACUUCCGGCCGCCGUUCGGGACGGAGGGGGCGCGGAUGCGGCAGCGGCUCGCGGCGCUGGUCGAGGACCCGUACAUCGUGCAGUGGAGCGUCGACGUGGAGGACUGGCUGUGGGCCGAGUCGGCCACGCCGGAGAAGCAGCUCGAGGCGUUCCGGCGCGACGUCGAGGCCGGCGGCGACAUCGUCGUCAUGCACUACCUGUACGAGAGCACCGUCAGCUACCUGCGCGAGUUCAUCCAGAUCGCCAAGGCCACCGGCAAGCAGCUCAUGCGCGUCGACCAGUGCCUCAUGGACCCGAACGCGCCGCCGCUCCCGGGCGCGUAGCCUAGGGAGUAGUACUAGCCUAGGACAUGGAUGCGUAGGUAAUGAAGCCGUGCGGACGAGAGCGCAGGCGGAGGUUGCAUCCGGGGGGGGGGGGUAUACUUGAUAAUACCCGAUAAUUUGAGGGGCGCUGCUUUACCGGUGCUUGGCUGCCCCCCCUGGCUGCUAGGGGAAAAAAAAAGAGUUGAUGAGAUCUAUGCUUCCAGGCCACACGUCUCGUAUAGAGUCGCGGACGCUCAUAGACAAAUAAAAAAGAAGAAUUGACAUUGUUCGAAUACCCGCUCGCGCGU